GUAGUAUUAUGGUGAAUGCAUGUGAGAGGUGUCUUUGAGAAGGGAUGUGGGGCUGCGCUGAUGAUUCUGCGUAUCAUUCAGACACUAGACGUCCCGCGAACGAGAUCUUACUCGUCGUCGUCAUCAAGAUCAAAUAACAAUCCGUCGUAUUAUUCUAAACAGAAACAAGCAUCGUCUGCAAUGGAUACUUGGGACGAAAGAACUCCCCACAGCGAACUUUCCGAUUUGGCCUUCAUUGAAGUCAAGUCUGAUGACCCUCUGGUUCUUUUCAGAGAAUGGUACGAAGAGGCAAGACAAUUUUCAACAGGAUUACCAAAUGCAUUAUGUUUGGCGACUGUCUCGAGAGACCAGAAGGUUUCUGCGCGCCAUGUUAUUCUUCGACAACUCGACGAAGAUGGCUUUGAUAUCGUCACGGAUAAACGCAGUCGCAAGGCUCAGGAUCUGGACGAAGUGCCGUCGGCAGCCAUGUGCUUCCUCUGGUCUUACCUGAACGACCGAAACGAACACAUAGCCAGGCAGGUAAGAUUAGAAGGAACCAUUAAAAAACUUUCGAAGGAAGAAAGCCAGAAAUUCUACGACAGAGAACCACUGUUUUGCAAGAUUCGCUCUCACCUUUGCCAACAAGGACAUGAAGUCGACUGGAAGAAGCUGAAGGAACGUCAUGAUCAAAUUGUCAAAGAAGUCAUGAGUGGAGAGAAUUCAUUACCCAUGCCAGAACACUUCACUGCUUAUAAACUGAAGCCGGUGAUGAUAGAAUUUUAUUUUGCCAAAGAUCAUUUGAUAGGUGAUCGUGUGCUCUUCACCAGAGAUACGUCAGCUGAUCCUUGGAAACAUUGUAAAAUUGCAGCAUGAAAUGUUUGACAGUUUUUUUUAAAACUUUGUAAUACUCCGAAACAAAUUUCCCAGCAAACCCAUAAAAACAGGCCAGUACUCAAUCUUUACUUGCCCAUUGAAAAGUGCAGUGGGCUAGUAAAGUCCCAUUACUGACCAGAAUUUGUGUAUUUGUUGGGUUUACGCAAGGAUACGAAUACGGAAACGAAAAUGUAAAUGGACUUAUAAUUGUGUAUUAAACGUUAUAUUAAAUAAAAUAUCUAUUUUACCAUGA